GAGACUGGAUGAAGCCUUCAAAAAAAAAUAUGGCCUCUACCAUUGACACUUCUUCUUCCCUAGCUACCAUGACCAAUUUGCUUCUGCUGCUAGUUUCUUCACUUGCUUACAAUAUUCAAGGAACACAUGCCGCCGGUGAGUGUGGGAAAACUCCGGUUAGCUCCGCAGCUGCUACCUUGGCCCCGUGUGUUGCAGCUGCCAAAAGUACAAAAGUUACGGUCCCUCCUGCUUGUUGCACUAAGGUUGCAGCAUUGCUCCAGGCCUCCCCAAAGUGUUUGUGUGCUGUCUUCUUGUCUCCCUUGGCAAAGCAAGUUGGAAUCAACCUUGCGGUUGCUAUUACUGUUCCCAAACGUUGCAACAUCAAGAACAGACCAGUAGGGAAGAAAUGUGGAAAAUAUGUUGUUCCAUGAGCAAGACAUCAAAUGAAUCCGGUUCUGCUGCUGAGAAGAAGAUUAUAACCCUAAUAUUAUGUAAAUAGUUUUGUUAAAUAAAGUUUUCCUUUUU